GAGAAGGCUCCCUUCCGGUUUCUAUUUGAAAAGACCUACAAUACGGCGCGUGUGUGAAAUCUCAGAGAGAGAGAGAAAUUCUAAGUAGCUUCCCGUAAUUUCUUGCUGUCUCUCUGUGUGUGUGAUUUGUUGUGGAUCGGCCGCCCAGCACCUUCGACUGGCAUCGCGGAGGUGCGAACUCUCUCGGAGGGAACCCUUUUUUUUGGGGGGGGGGGCAGCGAGGUCGGCGCGGCUCUCCUUCCGAAGGAUGGCCCAAAGCCCGCGUACCGGAGUCGCGGUGGUCCUUGACCGAGAGGAGCCUUUCACGCCCCCUCCCCACUGCCCUCAUGGUCCUACUCUUCUGUUCGCAAAGCUUGUUCAAGGAAAAGAAGAGGAAAGAAGAUUUUAUGCGUGUUCUGCCUGUAGAGAAAGGAAAGACUGUAAUUUCUUUCAGUGGGAACAUGAAAAGGUAUCAGAAGCCAGACUUUCAGCAAGGGAAAAGUACAACCAAAGUCACCAACCAGCUUUCUCUCACAGAGACAACAUAGAAAGGUUCAAAGAGUUUGUCACCUUGCCGCUGUCAAAAAGGAAGUUUUGUAAAGAAUGCCAACAGCUGCUGUUGCCACCAGAAUGGAAAAGCCACUCUGGACAUCAGUUACUCAGUGAUGUCUCCGUGGCCCAGCUAACAAGACCCACCAGCUUUCUCAGCCCUCUGGAGAACAAAAAGACAAAUGCACAGUAUCUCUUUACUGACAGAAGUUGCCAGUUCUUACUGGACCUAAUUGUUGCACAUGGAUUUAAAAGGGUGCUUUGUGUUGGCACCCCGAGGCUUCAUGAACUGAUCAAACUCCAAACAUCACACAAGCAGAAGGUCUGCAUUAAGAGCCUUUUGUUAGAUAUUGAUUUCAGGUAUUCUCAGUUCUAUACAGAAGAGGAAUUCUGCCACUAUAACAUGUUUAACCAUUAUUUCUUUGCUGGAGAGGCAGCUUAUGAAGUGUGUCAGAAAUUCUUGCAGCAAGACAAAGGUGAAGGUGUCAUAAUGGUGGCUGAUCCACCAUUUGGAGGCUUGGUUGAAGCUCUCGCUUUUAGCUUUAAAAAGCUUAUUGCCAUGUGGAGGCAAACAGGAAGCACAGAUGCUGUCAGCAAAGACUUACCCAUGCUUUGGAUAUUUCCAUACUUCUUUGAAUCACGCAUUCUUGAGUUUUUUCCAUCCUUCACAAUGUUGGAUUAUCAGGUGGACUAUCACAAUCAUGCACUGUAUAAGCAUGGGAAGACUGGUCGUAAACAGUCCCCAGUUCGUAUUUUUACCAACCUUUCACCACAUUUGAUAGUGCUUCCUGUGGAAGAAGGAUAUAGGUUUUGCUCUGUCUGCCAGCGAUAUGUCAGUUUUGAAAAUAAGCAUUGCAACAUCUGCAAUUCAUGCCCAUCCAAAGAUGGGAGACAAUGGAGGCACUGCUAUCUUUGCAAAAAAUGUGUAAAACCUUCUUGGAUUCAUUGCAGUGUUUGUGACAGCUGUGCUCUGCCAACUCAUUCUUGUAUGAAUGCUGAUGUUGGAUGUUUUAUUUGUGGGGCUGCCGACCAUAAACGUACAACCUGUACUAAUCGGCAAGUAGCUGGGAAAGGUGACCGAGAUGGCAAAAAGGCAAGGCCAAAGAAGAAGGUAAAAGUGAGUGUUAAAAAGAUAACAGGCACAAAGAAGAUGAGAACUACAAAACGAAGAAAAAGCAAGAAAUAGAGAAACUCACUGAAUCCCACAGUUUACUGUUAAUUUAGUGUUCUGCAGAUGUGCUCUUAAGAAUUCAAGCAACAGAAUAAAUGUUAAUAUAUUUUGUAUAUAAAAAAAUUAAAA